UCCAUCGUGCUACCCCCCGACCGGGCCCCUCCCCCCGGGCCCAUACCCAAUCUGGCACCAGGUAAUAAUCGCAAGGAAGAGGAACUCUGGCCAGCCUCUUCGUUCGCCAGUUCGAUUCGGCCGCCCGCCCACUCGCAGAAGCGAAAUCGAUCCCCAGUCCUUCUUUUUCCCCUUCUUUCUGUUCUUCACCACCGAACUCCUGUCGAUUAGCGACAGCCUCUCCAACUUGCUUUUACGACCUGACAGUCACUCGCGUCGGUCGCGUCGCUCGAGACUCUCUUGUCCAUCACUGCCCUGCCACCCUCUCUCGAAAGCUGACGCCACGCACGCCUGCCUUUAGUCUCCAUACUCUAGGUUGUCAGGGUCGCUCUUCGCCUGGUCAAUAUCCGCCAUCCACUCAUUCGUUCGACAAGAGUCUGUCCGUGGACAAGCAAGAGGCUUUUCCCCCCCAAUCCCUCUCCACCACUCUCCUCAUUUUUUCCAACAGCAGUCAUUUCGUUCAGAGCAGGAUCGGGACCUGCCUCGCCUGCCUAGCUGUUUGAAUUGGCCCACCACCGCAUCGCCCGACCCCUGGAGCUAGCAAUUCCUCCUCCACCGGCGCCCCGUACCAGCACCACUGCUUUGCACCAUUCUCAACAUCCACACUCCAGCAACCGACUCCGACUUGCUGCAUCUCUGAAGAUCCGACGUCCCUAGAGUCCAACCUUUGUCAUCGUCAUUCUCCCUGUCUCAACCAGUCACAACAACAUCACUUCGGAGUAGUCCGUCCCUCAUACGAGUUCGUCGCCAAUUGUGAUUACGAAUUGAACCAACACACCUCAAGAAAAAAAAAAAAAGAGAAAGAUGGACUCCCGAUCAAGCGAUGUGUCGCCAGAGGCGAUGCAGGCACGAAUUCAACAAGCGCGUCGCGAGGCCGAGAAUCUCAAGGACAGAAUCAGGCUGAAGAAGGAAGGGCUCGCCGAUACUUCCCUCUACGAGGUCGCGCAACAGGCCCAUGAGCCACUUCCGAAGAACAACAUGAUGAAAACAAAGAAGACGCUGAAGGGCCAUCUGGCCAAGAUUUAUGCGAUGCACUGGUCUACCGACCGGAGGCAUCUUGUCUCAGCAUCUCAGGACGGCAAGCUCAUCAUCUGGGACGCUUAUACGACCAACAAAGUUCACGCCAUUCCCCUACGAUCGUCUUGGGUUAUGACUUGCGCCUAUGCCCCGAGCGGCAACUUCGUUGCCUGCGGUGGUCUUGACAACAUUUGCUCUAUUUACAACCUGAACUCGAACCGUGAUGGCCCAACUCGUGUCUACCGGGAGCUUUCAGGUCAUGCGGGCUAUCUCUCUUGCUGCCGUUUCAUCAACGACCGCAGCAUCCUCACCUCCUCCGGCGAUAUGACAUGCAUGAAGUGGGAUAUCGAGACAGGAACAAAGGUUGUUGAGUUCGCCGACCAUUUGGGCGACGUCAUGAGCAUCAGCUUGAACCCCACAAACCAGAAUACCUUUGUGUCAGGUGCUUGCGAUUCUUUCGCUAAGCUUUGGGAUAUCCGCGCUGGCAAGGCCGUACAAACAUUCGCUGGCCACGAGUCCGAUAUCAACGCCAUCCAGUUUUUCCCCGAUGGCCACUCUUUCGUAACGGGUUCCGAUGACGCUACUUGCAGACUUUUCGAUAUCCGCGCAGACAGAGAGUUGAACUGCUAUCGCUCCGAAUCUAUUCUUUGCGGCAUUACCUCUGUCGCGACAUCAGUCUCUGGACGUUUGCUCUUUGCCGGUUACGAUGACUUUGAAUGCAAGGUCUGGGAUCUUACUCGCGCUGAAAAGGUUGGCUCUCUCGUCGGUCAUGAAAACCGUGUCAGCUGUCUGGGCGUUUCCAACGAUGGAAUAAGUUUGUGCACAGGCUCUUGGGACUCCUUGCUCAAGGUCUGGGCAUAUUAGGCGCAUGUGUGAUACUGAUACGACCGGCACCCUCUGGAUACCCGACCACGACGCGUCACUUUGCCAAGCCUAUCGAGUGCUUUUUUCUAUUUGUUCUAUUCAACCUGGUAACGCCUCUUGAUCCUUGCGAUUUGGCGUAGACAGGACGAAGUCACGACAUAUUUUUCGACCCAACAAUCUCGGCUCCCCGGGCUUGGACCAUCAUCAACUGGCCUUGCUCCCCGGUUGGAAUCCUUUUUAGCUUCUAUAGCGGUUUUUCCGAUACUCCACUCGAUUUGCUGCGUCAUAUUUUCAGCGGGUUCAGUUCGCAAGGUGGGCGGCAGCGAUAUCCUGGCUUUGUUCAGCUCUCCGUACGCCAACCCGCCUCUCCCCUCCAGAAAACGUCCCCCCGGAUAAUAUGAUCCGACACGUUCAUCAACUUCGGGUCGCGUAAUUCCCCGGGCAUUAUUACAGGGACGUCUGUACCAGGUUUUUUGGACCCGGUUUGGCUGGAGCAGAACGUCCAAUAAUCAUCAAGGUCUGGCUCGACGGGUCGUAUCAUAUUCCACAUGAGUGGUUGCCAGUGUCUCUCACAGGGGUUGUGUCUUGAACCAGUUUACCGGAUACCCUCUCUAUACGUAUUUAUCCACAUCUUUGCGCGCAUUUUCUCAGCGUUUGGUCUUUCUCUAGUCUAUUACCGGCGGGGUGGGUAGGAAACCGUCAGGGUGUCUAUUUUCACGUGUGUUGAUAAAGUAGGCCGGGAAUGCAAAACGGUCCCUUUGUCUUGUGUUUUUCGCGAGAAAGAGGCGGGGAUCGGCUCACGAGUGGCGACGGUAAACAGCAGUUGCGGUAAAGGCUUUGGGGGAGGUACCAUACCCUUUUUCUAUUUCCCCGAUUUUUCGUUAGGCAAAGGGUGUAUAUCGUGGGGAUCUUACCUAUUCUGUCAUCUUAUCUUUCUUCAUCUGCCCUUUUGCUCUCUCUCUCCUUACCUCGCUCUUCUGAUACCUAGUAUCUUUAUGACGGUUGUUUCUUUCACUGAUGGUUAAUGGUGGAUAUGCUAUGGCCUGGAUGAGAUGGUAGGAACAGAAGUGGAGGGAAGGAGGGAGAUGCAACUGGCCUUUUAAAAUACUUUCUCAAACGUUACCCCCGAGCCCUGAUUCUGCCCUGCCUGUGUACUAUAGUUGCACUGAAUGCUCAAUUCAUUCUAUAAAUCUGCUCUCG